AUGGCAGCACUCGCGGUAAAGGAAAACGGAGCGUUAUCCCAACGCGACCACAAUGUCGCUUUGGUUGAACCUGCCAUGAAGCGCAGAAAAGUCGACGGCGCAGCCAACAACGCCGCACCUACAAAGCUUUCUUUCACCGAUAUAUUGGAGAGGAUUGAAGGGGAAGAGGCGUCUGCUUCGGGCGUAGAGGGAGGGGCAGACCAAUGGGAUCGACUUCCAAUGAAACCUAUAAAUGAAAAGACCGACACCAUCGUGUUUCAACAGAUAGACAUCGAGCAAUAUAUCGAAGCCAACCGACCCAAGCUCCGAAUGUAUGGUGUAACCGAGGAUGGACACAGCGUCAUGGCCAACAUCUACGGGUUUCUUCCAUAUUUCUACGUACACUGCCCUCGAGGAUUUUUGGAAGAAGACUUGGGCCCUUUCCGUGAAUUCAUAAACAAAGCAACGGAUCCAGACGCUAUCCUGGAUAUCCAGAUUGUCAAGAAGAAAAGUAUCUGGGGCUACCGCGGUGAUACAGAUGUACCAUUCCUCAAGAUUAUCCUCUCUAUCCCUCGACUUGUGCCAAAAGUUCGAGGCGCUUUCGAGAAAGGCGAGCUCGAUUACAAAGAGCUCUUCAACAGAGGUGGCAUGGGCACAGAAACCUAUGAAAGCAACUUACUCUAUGUCUUGCGCUUUAUGGUGGAUACAAAGGUCACCGGGAUGAAUUGGAUCGAGAUCCCAGCAGGAAAAUAUACCGUUCGGAAAUCAAACAAGACCUCAGAUUGUCAGCUCGAAGUUGAUGUUCAAUGGGACCAAUUUAUCUCGCAUGCCCCGGAAGGGCAAUGGUCACAUAUGGCUCCUUUCCGUAUCCUCAGCUUCGAUAUUGAGUGUGCAGGACGGAAGGGAACGUUUCCAGACGCCAAAAUCGAUCCAGUGAUUCAAAUUGCGAACAUGGUCACCCGUCAAGGAGAGUCGAAGCCAUUCAUUCGCAACGUGUUCACAUUGAAUACAUGCGCGCAUAUUGUAGGCUCUCAGGUCAUCUCACACCAACACGAAGGGAACAUGCUUCAGGCUUGGAGCGAUUUCGUGAAGCGCGUUGACCCGGAUAUCAUCAUCGGGUACAAUAUCGCAAACUUCGACUUUCCGUAUCUUAUGGACCGUGCUGAAGCCUUGAAAGUCAAAGAAUUCCCCUACUUGGGGAGGCUUACACACUCGAAAACAUAUGUUCGCACAACCCAUUUCUCCUCAAAGGCGUACGGUACUCGAGACUCCAAGGAGACCGUCCUGGAAGGGAGGCUUCAGCUUGACAUAAUUCAAGUGAUGCAGAGGGACUACAAACUCAGAAGUUACUCUCUCAACUCGGUUUGCGCACACUUCUUGGGGGAACAGAAAGAGGACGUACAUCACUCGGUCAUUACUGACCUGCAGAACGGCACUCCGGAGUCUCGACGUCGACUUGCAGUUUAUUGCUUGAAGGAUGCAUAUCUACCACAAAGACUCAUGGACAAGCUCAUGUGCUUUAUCAACUACACUGAAAUGGCUCGUGUGACCGGAAUUCCUUUCAACUACCUACUCUCCCGAGGCCAGUCGAUCAAAGUCGUCUCACAGCUCUAUAGAAGGGCAAAUUCAGAGGGCUAUCUCAUCCCUGCGACUAAAUCUGAAGGUGGUGAAGAUCAGUAUGAAGGAGCUACAGUCAUCGAACCUAGUAGGGGGUUCUACAAGAAACCAAUUGCAACCCUGGACUUCAGCUCGCUCUACCCUUCUAUCAUGAUGGCUCACAAUCUCUGCUAUACAACUCUCUUGAAUAAGGAUACCAUUGAUCGGCUUGGGCUGAUCCGUGAUGUCGACUAUAUCCAGACACCCAACAAAGAUUUUUUUGCGACGACAAAAAGAAGAAAGGGCCUUCUUCCCACUGUACUGGAAGACCUAAUUGCGGCUCGUAAACGUGCGAAAGCUGAUUUGAAGAAAGAAACGGACCCCUUCAAGCGUGCUGUCUUGGAUGGUCGUCAGCUGGCCCUUAAGAUUAGUGCUAACUCUGUAUACGGUUUCACCGGAGCAACUAUCGGCAAGUUGCCUUGCCUCGAGAUAUCCUCAAGUGUUACUGCAUACGGCCGACAAAUGAUUGAACGAACCAAAACCGUCGUCGAGUCUCAGUUUUCCAUCGCAAACGGUCGAAAGUGGGACGCACGUGUUAUUUAUGGCGAUACGGAUUCAGUUAUGGUGGAAUUUGGAUGCGAAGACUUGGAGACGGCAAUGGAGUGUGGUCGCGAAGCUGCUGCGUUUGUGACAGAGACCGAGUUCGUCAAGCCUAUCAAUCUCGAGUUCGAAAAGGUCUACUUCCCAUACCUACUCAUCAGUAAGAAGCGUUACGCUGGUCUUUAUUGGACGAAACCAGAGAAGUACGACAAGAUGGAUGCCAAAGGAAUUGAGGCAAGCAUCCAGAUUUGUCGAGAUAACUGUCGCCUUGUUUCUACUGUCAUUGAGACGUGUCUGCAAAAGUUGCUCAUUGAUAAGGACGUCGAAGGGGCCGAGAGCUAUGUCAAACGAAUGAUAUCCGACUUGCUCCAGAACAAGAUAGACAUGUCGCAACUAGUCAUCACCAAAGCCCUGAGCAAAGAGACGUAUGAUGGAAAGCAGGCUCAUGACGAAUUGGCAAAGAGAAUGCGAGCUCGUGAUGCGGGUUCAGCUCCUGCGCUGGGAGACCGAGUACCCUACGUUAUCAUCAAAGGAGCGAAAUCCGCUGCUGCAUACGAGAAGGCUGAAGAUCCGCUUUACGUCCUCGAAAACAAUAUACCCAUUGAUACGAAGUACUAUCUUGAUAACCAACUAGCAAAACCCCUCGAACGAAUCUUCGAACCUAUCCUUGGAGACAAAGUCAGCCGACUCUUGAAUGGCGAUCACACAAGGACAGUGCAGAUCGCGACACCGACGACUGGGGGCCUCAUGAAGUUUGCUGUCAAAACGGCCACCUGUCUUGGAUGCAAGACACCUCUAAAGUCGACCAACUCUGUUCCGAAUGGUGCUGUUUGUAAUAAUUGCAGACCAAGGUUGCCCGAGCUCUACCAGAAGCAGGUCUGUCCCUGGAUUUCAGCUUACCCAGACCUUCAACUCUUCGUAGGUUACGCAAAGUUCAAAGUUACAAGUAUCUUUUGCUCGGUUGUGGACCCAGUGCCAACGUUGCCAGGGCUCCCUCCACCUGCACCAGACAGUGUUCUUCAAGGGCAAAAACCUGCUGAGGUCUUGAUCGUUGGGUUUGGCGCUGUUGGAAUAAUCUAUGGCUACUUCUUAGAGUUACACAAGUUGGCCCGAGUAACAGCAGUCGCCCGCUCAACUUAUGAUAGCAUCAUCAAGGAUGGAAUCACAAUCAAGAGCCUUAAAUGGGGCGAUAUACAAGGAUGGAGGCCAUCAAGAGUCGUACGAGCGAUUGAUGAAUUGCUUGAUUCACCCUUCGACUAUGUUAUCAUCUCGACAAAAGCUAUUCCGGAAGUCGCUACAACCCCUCAUCUACUCGGAUCCCUUCUAAGCGACCAAUAUCGCCACCCUCAGCCGGCUUAUGUCCUUCUUCAGAAUGGACUCGGAGUCGAAAAAGAGCUUCACGACACCUUGGCAGGGAUUCAGCCACCGCCAAUCAUCAUCACUUGCGCCUUGUAUAUCAUGACAAACAUCACUGCCAACGGGAGUGUUUCACACGGUUCAUUUGAGCGGGUGACCGCCGGCAUAUAUCAUCCCAUUCCAAAGCCCAACACAGAUAUAGAGCAGAAAGUUCUCGAACGCUUCGUUGGGCUAAUCACAAGUAGUAAUUCGGAGGGCAAAAUCUCGGACAAUGUACUAGCGGCAAAGUAUCUCAAGAACCUUUGGAAUUCGACGUUUGGGAUGUACAGUGUGCUCACGAACCUCAGUCCACUCCAGUGGAUGCAGAAUGACAAAGGGUUUGAGUACAGUAGAAACGUCAUUCUAUCCUUACUUCGAGAAGUCAUCCUUGUCGGGCAACAGAGUGGCUUGCAAGCCGACUGGCCCGACGCAGAAGAAUUCACGGAUAAGGCCUUUGAUCAGUUCAGGACUGGAACCGAUUUCAUUCCUUCUGCACUGCUGGACGUUAGAUUGGGCAAGCCGUUUGAGCUCGAAGUCAUUUUGGGGGCUGUCGUCCGCAUGGGGAGAGAGCAUGCAGUCCCAAUACCAGUGAGACUAUUUCAUCUUGAAGCGCCCAGCGACUGA